GAGAGAGGACGGACGCAGAGGAGGCGCACAGAGAAGGAACAGAAAACCCCUUCAGACCCCGACAGAAGAUUUCUCUGAGGGAAUACUAUCUGUACGAUAUGCAGCCAAGAUGAGGAUGUGGACUGUUUUUCUGUGUCUGAGUUAUGGAUGGAUGAAAACAGCGUCCACAGCCGGAGUGACCCUCGAACCCUCCUCUGCACCCGUGACUCCCACUGAGGAUGGAAGCACCCAACUGGUGGAUUGGUUGAUGAAGUAUGGCUACCUGCCACCCUCCGACCCGUCCACUGGUCAGCUGCAGGCGUGGACAGCUGUCACAAACGCUGUCAGGGCCAUGCAGAGGUUUGCAGGCCUCAAAGACACUGGAGUUGUCGACGACGACACUGUGGCGUUGAUGAAGAGUCCUCGGUGCUCCCUUCCUGAUGAGGACGAGCCGUCUAAUUCAGCCGUCAACCAAGAGAGACGGAACAUGAAGAGGAGGAGGAGAAGAGCUGUCUCCAUGUGGAACCGCAGGAACAUUAACUGGAGGUUGCGUUCGUACCCGUCUUCCUCUCAUCUGUCCCGAGAAACGAUUCGCUCUCUGGUCUUUUAUGCUUUAAGAGUCUGGGCCGAGCCAACGCCGCUGGAGUUCCAUGAGGUGGGCAGUCCAGAGGCAGCAGACCUACAGGUAGACUUCCUCAACGGUUACCAUGGUGAUGGUUAUCCUUUCGAUGGAGUAGGCGGUGCAGUCGGCCAUGCUUUCUUCCCAUCAGACCCCGCCCGGGCAGGAGGAGUUCAUCUGGAUGCAGAGGAGGAGUGGGCCUUCAGACAGCCAGCCACCGAGGGCACCGACCUGUUCACGGUGUUGGUCCACGAGUUCGGACACGCACUCGGACUCGCCCACUCAUCGUCCCGACACUCGGUGAUGAGGCCGUACUACCAGGGUCCUGCUGGAGACCCUCUUCACUUCCGCCUGGGAGCCCAAGACCUGGAGCUCAUCACCCAGCUCUACGGUAAAAGAAACCAGCUGCUGGCCACCGACGCUCCUCGUCUCGUUCCAGAGCUUCAGCUGCGUCACAGAGGAAACAACGACCAUCAUCAUCAUCAGAGACACAGCUCAGUCAUCGAUCGCUGCAACACCAGUUUUGAUUCGGUGGCGAGGAUCAGAGGAGAGACCUUUUUCUUCAAAGGUCUGACGAUGUGGCGGGUUAAUGGUGGGGGCUUGGUGUCGGGUCGGGGGGCCUCGGUCAGACGGCUGUGGAGGGGCCUUCCCGCUGACCUGCCUCGUCUUCACGCUGUGCUCGAGAGGCAAUCCGAUCACGCCAUCAUCUUCAUCAGCGGUUCACAGUUCUGGCUGUUCAGGGAUCUGUCCCUGCAGGAUGGCUACCCUCAGCCUCUGUCCUCCCUGAGGAUGGGGCUGAGCUUAGCUGGAGCCGAUGCUGAUGAUGGUGAGGUGGACGAGGCAGCAGCAGUGAGGUGGGGUCUGGUGUGGGAUCCACUGGAGGGUCCUCUGUGGGGGAACAUGGGAGCCGCUGAGGAAGAUCAGCAGGAAGACACCUGGACUCAGCUGCUGAGGGAGGGUGUGAGCGGCAUCACCACGGAGAGCGAUGGCUCGGUUAACCUCUUCAAAGGAGACCUGUACUGGAAGUUCUCGUUUCCCGGCUCCUUGCUGCAGGACGGUUACCCACGAUCCUCUGCUGCUGACUGGCUAGACUGCCUUGACUCCUCCUCCUCACCUGUGGUGGACGACCUCUCCUUGUCUCUGUCUCCUCCUGCAGGACGGCAGGAGCUGAGAGAGAGCUGGAGGGAGGAGAGAGAGAAGGAGGAGGCAGGUGGAAGGAGGAGGGGCGGACAUGAAAAUAGACAUAAAGACACACAGGGCGGAGGGGCACACACCUGGACACAAUGCACCUGCCAGAGCGCUGCUCCUGGUGGAAGGACAACCUCUAUUCUUGUUCUCUUCACUUUGUUCCUGUUGGCUACUCAGAGCUGCACUCAGACAAAAUAAGUCAAUGGUCUUACUCAGGUUUCUUCAGCGCUGAAGACAUUAUAGACAAAACGAAUAAAAAGAUGCAAUAAUGAUGCUGUUAAAUCACACAAUAACAGUGGACUUUAUAUAUAUACUUUAUAUGCACUGCUCAAAAUUUCCAGACAUUCUCCCGAUGUGUGUACAGCAUGUGUCCCCGAGUCUAUCCUGAAUUUCUCCUGCCAGCCUCCAAGUUGAAGGUCUGCAAGAAGUCAAAGUCAGUUGAUGUGUGAAAAGUUCAGAAAAACUCACCACUACCAAGUGGGAGUGGGUGAUAACGUUUAUAUCAAUGUGAAAACGGUGGGAUCUUUGUUGAGACUUUGUUUUUUCUUUGCCACUCUUUCGUUGAUACUUAAACCUGUCCUACACUAAAACCUUGGACUGUGUUUCUUCGAUGCAGCUUGGCUUUGUUUAAAACAUUCUGCAGUACUUUUUCCAUCCUAGAAAGUAACUCUCCCUCGGUUAGGGUCUUGUAAAAAGGGAACACUGAAAAAAGUCUAUCCUGAAAUUUGUGAGACGUUGUCUGGAGUACGUGUUAAACGGGCUACGGAAAAUCAA